AUGGGUGAGGUUUCCUCUGCCAAUGUGCACUGUUGGGAAAGGAUUCUUCGAGCCAUCUACACACCUCACAAUAUUUACUGCAUUCAUUAUGACCAAAAGUCCUCAAAAAAAUUUAUUGCAGCAAUGAAGAACUUGGAAAAAUGUUUUCCAAAUGUCUUCAUAGCCUCUAAAAUUGAGUCCGUUCAGUAUGCACAUAUUACCAGACUUAAUGCAGAUCUCAGCUGCCUUUCAGACCUUUUGAGUUCAGAGGUCAAAUGGAAGUAUGUUAUCAAUUUGUGUGGCCAAGACUUUCCGCUCAAGUCCAAUUAUGAGCUGGUAACUGAGCUCAGUAAACUGAACGGUGCAAACAUGCUCGAAUCAAGCAGGCCCAGCGAAAUGAAAAAAAAGCGAUUUCAGUUUCGGUAUGAACUGAAAGACGUGUCAUAUGAAUACCAUAAAAUGCCAGUUAAGACAGACAUUGCUAAAGACCCACCACCGCAUGGCAUUGAGAUGUUUGUUGGGAGUGCUUACUUUGUCUUGACACGUGAUUUUGUGUCAUAUAUUAUGACCAAUCAAUUGGCAAAGGAUUUUCUGCAGUGGACAGCUGACACAUAUUCUCCUGAUGAGCACUUUUGGUCAACAAUGGCCAGAGUACCUGGAGUUCCUGGAGAGAUCGGGAGAUCUGAGCCUGAUGUGACAGACCUGAAGAGUAGGACACGUUUGGUUAAAUGGAACUAUCUUGAAGGCCGCUUGUAUCCACAGUGCACUGGCACGCACAGACGCAGUGUUUGCAUCUAUGGUGCAGCGGAGCUCCGGUGGCUUCUGGAGGACGGCCACUGGUUUGCAAACAAGUUUGAUCCCAAAAUUGACCCUGUCAUUAUUAAAUGUCUUGAAGAGAAACAUAAGUGCAGCAGCAAA